CUGACGUUUUGUUGACGCAAAAAAUUUAGAUUCAAAUUAGCAUAUUUUUUUCUCUAAUCCUGUGCUGUCAUAUUGACGGCAGAUUACCGUCAUACCGUGCCGGUGUAUGCUCUCAUAUUUCGUGAUGCGCUGCUACAUAUAUAUCUGCGGGUUUGUUAUACGUAACUGCGCAGUGCGCAGCAGACAAAACCAAGUAGAAAACAACAAUACGCUUGCGUACUGCGUGCGUGCGCGCGCACAUUAGUUCCCCACACAUCAAUAAAUACAUCCAAAUGCAUGGAUAUAACCUCGAGUAAAAACUCACAGUACACAAAUGCACACGGCUUUGAUUCUCUACCGAAGUAUCAAUAGAGCGACACAUCGUGGUCUCUUGUUUUCCUGUGAACACGCACGCCUGUUUUUUUUUUACCACAUCGUCGUUGUCGCUGCAGGCUAUUGAGUAACAUUGUGGUUCAGUUGUUCUGUCUUGGAAAAACAUUUAAAAGUUGAGAAACUUUUUUCGAUUCGUUCAGUUUAAUAUAAACAACUAUAUAAAAAUUAAGACGAAAUGUCGGCAUCACCGAUUGCCAGGCAAGCCACGCAGAGCCAAAGUAUUCCUGCUAAGAGAGUGGUUAUCCACGACGCAAAUCAAUUGCCCGCUGAUUAUUCGUCGACCCCUGGAGGUACUCUCUACUCCACUACACCGGGAGGUACCCGAAUCGUUUAUGAACGAGCUUUUUUAAUGAAUUUGCGUAAUUCACCAAUUUCACGAACACCACCAAAAAUUUCUUCAAUACCGACUAAUAUUCUCAAGGAUAGUACGCCAGUCGCAAAGUCAUCAAGUCCCGCAACCAAAGAAUCACAAGUAAUUGAUGAAUCUGCUGAACAAUUUGAAAUGGACAUGUAAUAAAUAAGGUCUUAAAUAUGUCUGUGAUUGAGAUAAUGUGUUUAAAAAACUUCAUGAAUCACUAUAAAAAGCUUGAUCCGACAUAUCGCAUUUUAUACAAAUACUUCAAUCUUAUGACGCGCAGGACGCUUUCGAAUAAUUUUUCGCAUAUGCUGCCUUCCGUUAGUAUUUAUUGGAGUAUGACAAACUCGAAAUUAUAUUCGAGUAGAAGUGCCAAUUAUUUCGUUGCCAUUAUUAGUUUCAAAUAACAAGAAACGCAUAUCGAAGUGAUUUUUUGUCAUCGUUAAACAAUCUAUAAAGAGUCCAUUUGUUUUUAUUAUAAUUUUUAAAAAAUUGAAGCAAAAAAUAUAAGAAAACGUAUCAACUUAAUCAAAUGUAUCAAUUUAUCUACUUUGUGUAAUAACUCGUGCUUGUAAGUUAUUAAUCUUUUUAGAUCAGAAUUCGUACAUUUCAUUUUAUAAUUUGCUAUACUUAUUAUUAAACUAAAUAUUAAUAAAAAUUUUAGUAAUAAAAGAGUAUUUUUGUAUGUUUUUUAGUUCUUAAUAUUAUGGUAUAUUCUUAUAUAAUUGUAAGUUUCCAUUGUUUCACUGUAAGGGAAUAUAUCAUCAAUAUUGUAUUUAUUUGCCAAAGUCAAAUUGUAACUGAAUGAAUACCCAGAAGGAAAGUGAAAUAAUUUUUAUACUGUAGAUAUAUACUGUAGACUGUAGAUCUCACGCUACCUAAAAAACUAAAAAAGGUGCAUUUAGUUUUUAAUUUAAUCUUCAUUAAGUAUAUAUAUAUGAGCAAUUCCAUCAAAAAAGUGCCAUGAGGUCAUCGUUUUGUCAAAUAGCACUGUACUGAAUGUUCAAGAUAUAAGCACUUAAUUUUUCUAUUUUAUCAUCUUAUGAAGUAUAGUAUAGUCCAAGCGAAAAUAAUUAAACGAAGCACCGUGUAUCCUGGUAAAACCCUUUUGAACCUCUUGAAGUACUAAUAUCAAUAAAAACAAAAACGUUGUUUGUCAUAGAUUUAUUUUAAUGACUUUUAAAAAUUCCAUGGAAAACUAGUAAAGAUAGCAUAAAUCAGGUUUCAAAAUUUGAAUUCUACGAGUUAAAAAUCAUAUUUUGGCUUACUUUUUCCUCGAAGCGUUUAUAUAUUUCAAAACAUUAAUUUCCCUCAACCGAGUCUAUUUUAUAGUUUCAUUAGUUUUGAAAAUUUUUUAUAGUAUUACCGUUUAGAAAAUUAUGUAUGGGUCAAAAUUAUUGGAUAAGACUGAUCCAAGAUGUGGUUUCCAACGUAACUAACCCGCAGGCAUCGAAUUUGAAGUCAGAUUUAUGCACACAGUUUUAGUUUUGUAUCAAAACGCAAAAGAUCAUGAUAAAUUACGUUUAUUUUCUAUGAUGAAUAGAGGAAUAAAGAUAUCAUGAGUAUCUCUGACAGUGAUAGGUUUAAUUUCUUUUUUAAUUUUAGGUACCACAUAGAACGUUAAAUGAAAAAAUUAGGAACGUACUGCAUAUAUAAAUUUUAAUUUAGGCGUCAAGUGGGUCCCAAUGGUGUUUUCAAUUUAGGUGAAUUUUGACAAGCACGUUUUAUGUAUUUUUACACUAAACACGAAUUAAAUAAUUAAAUUAAGAGGGAUGGGCACUUCGCUCGAUCGGUCAGAAAAAUGUUUGAACAUUGAAAAAAUCGGUUUUUGACAAAAUAAAAAAUAUCAAAUUUUUCGAGCAAUUUUAAGGCGAAAAGUAUGUUAUAAUUUUCAUGGUUCCCGAAAAAAAGAUCUUAAACUUUUGAAAAAUGCGAUUUCGACCAUUUUUUAUCGUCGAUUGAUUUUUGAUUGUACCAAUUGCUUUAUAAUCUAAUCGCAGACUAUGAAAGUUCAAAUCAAGAUCUCUAAGUAGCAAUAAUUGUUUACACUAAAAAGUUUUGUCCAAUAUGUGUUUUUGAGCUCCGAAAAACAGCGUUCAUGCGGUCGCGUGCAUACCUCCGUGUCCCAUAUGGCGAGGCAGAAAACUAUCUACAAGCGUAUUACAAUUUUAUGGUAUUUGCUGAAUAGUAAUUGGUAUUUGUUUAUGCACACAUAGAAUUUACAAAGAGGAUUUAAAAAUAGGAGAGAAUAAAUUGACCAUAUUCAAAUGUUUAAAUUUAUAGGUUGGAUUUGUUAUGAUAAUAAGAAUACUGUAGCAGUAGAUUUUGUUGUAAGUCAUAAGUACAAGUAAACUUUAUACUUGAAAAAAUAUUCGGCAGUAUAAAUAUUUAUAUUAUUCUGUUUAUUUUAACA